AUGGAGGAGGGUGGCAAGGGCCCAGCUGAUCAGACAGGCCAGACUGCUGACGUGGUGUGGGCCAAGGACACCAGUGCCCCAGAGCCCAUGGAGCCAAGGCCUGAUGCCGGCCUCAAGGAGAAUGUGCCCACCAGGCCCAUGGCAGGCCUUGGACCAGGCAAGGGGCUCAGUGGGCCUGGACCCCCCGGCGCUGCCCAUCAGUCCUCUCAGAGAGACAGCUGGCAGCAGUCCCUGAAGUCCUGUCCCUCCUUCUGGGCUCUCCCCGAGCAAUGGAGACUCCUGAGGAACCUGGGCAUCGGCCUGGGCAGUGGACACGGCCGGUGGGUUCCCACGUGCCAGGCCCAGCAGGGAGGGCCCACCGCCAUACCCUCCCCAGGGGCAGCGCUGCGCCAGGAGCCCUGCCAGGUCCAGACCAACCUGGCCAGCCCUGGGCCCCACCUGGGCCUGCCCCUGAAGGACACGACUGGUCAGCGUGUCAGUGCAAGCUUCCGGCAACAAAGCAAUCUGCAGGCCCCGGCCAGGAGGCGGAGCGGGAAAGCCCGAGAGUUUGCUGUCCAACAAAGCAACCUGAGCAUGAGGGAGACCAGUCCCUGCCUCUGGCCAGAGCCUGGAGGAAGCUCCAGGCUCCACUUGCUGCCCCUGGGAAGUUCUCUCCCCCAGGUGCCACUGACUGGCCCAUCCCCCAGCCCGAGGCAGUCCCAGCGGCCAGCCACAGACAUCCUGGGCCUGGACUUCAGGCCCACUGUGGACUCGGGCCCCCUCGAUGGGCGCUCACAGCCAGCCCCCGGAUCCCGGUGUGGCCAGGAGAGCUGGGCCUCCAGGCUGGUUGGGGAACCCCUCAGCCUGGAGGACCUGGCUGUCCCUGCCCCAAGCCCGCUUCGGGCCCCAUCCCACGCUGCCACCCGCCAGCUGCUGGCCUUGGUGCAACGCCUGGAACAGGAGGCAGCCCGUCUCGGGUGCCGGGCAUCCCAGAAGGCCCCCAGCCCCAUGCGGCAGGACCCCUGGGCCAGUGGUGGCCCGGUGCUCCCUGUCCGUUCCCAGCCCAGCCAGCCUGUUCUUGCUUCCUGGGAUGAAGGGAAAAGCCAUCCCCAAGGCCACAGGGCAACCGAGCACUUCCUCAAGGCACGGAGGCUUCAGGCCGGCCUCUCAGAGUCUUGUGCACACAGCAAGCCUCCGUCGCCGGAGACCACACUGGGGAUGCCGGUGGGGGGUUUCCUUGACCCUGAGCAGGGGCUGCUUCCUGGCCACACCCCAGGACCAGGGAAGAACUGCUCUCCAGGGCUCACGCAUGGCAGGGAGCAGAGCGGCCACCCCAGUCUCCCCCAAGGGGCGGGCGGCAGAAGGCCCCGUUCCUCAGCUUUCUCCAGUGCCUCCCAGGAAGUCCGACCUGGGCAGAAAGGAGGGGAGGGGUCCCCCAGAGAGCUGGUCAGCAGGGAGGAGGAGAGGACGACUUUCUGUCCACCAGAGGAAACCCCAGCAAGGAGCACCCCACAGAACAAGCCCCAAGAUACUGUGGCUCCGGAGUCUGAGGCAGCCUGCCGGCAGUUGCUGUCCAGCUGUUUCAGAGCCUGGAGGCACUUGGUGCAGAGGCAGUGGGCUAUGUCAGCGGCGAUGGCGCUGGGCCGCCGGCAGCUGUUGCGAAAGGGUCUUCGGGCGCUGCGGUGGGCCCUGUGGCUCCGGGAGGCCCAGCUGGAGGCAGCGUGGAAGCGAUACGAGAAGGCCCUGCUGGCCCGGAGCUUCCAAGAGUGGAGACAACUGACUCUACAGCAGAAGCGAGGGCGGCACUGCACCCCAGCUGGGUCGGGAUGCCCACUCUCCAGGGCCGGCCCUGGCCCAGACCCCUCCUUUGGAAGAAAGGCAGCGGUGGACUCCCUCCAGAGGCCUGGGCUGGAGCACCUGAGUCCAGGAAGUCUCAGGGAGGAGGAGGGAGCCCAGCAGAUCCUGUCACAUCCUGGGGAGAGACCAGAUGGCACAGACGAGAGAAUCCAGACCCUGCGGGCCCUGCAACAACUGGCUGCCUUCCUCCUGCAGUGCCAUCAGAAGGUUGGAACCAGGCAGGAGAGGAAGGUCCCCAGGGAGGCCACCCGGGUCGCACAGAGGCCCUGGGGGAAGGGGAGCGCUCCCCAGGCCUGGCACUCUCAGGCUGCAGGGGCAGCCUGGGUGACCCCCCUGGGCCUCCGGUCCCCAAAAGCCUGGCAGUGCAGGUGCUCUGGGACCCGGUACCAGGACCACCUGGCUGACUGCCGGGCGCAGACCCUGAGGACAUGCCUGGGGCGGCGGGUGCAGAUGAAGCAGCUCCCGGCCUCAGAUGGCGCCAAGGUGACCCAGCCGUCCCUCUGCCAGCAGAAGGCGGGGCACGUGACCCUCUGCAGCUCAGCCCCUGGAGCUGCCUCAGCCCGUGGCCUAGGGACAGUGCCCCAGGCCUCUGGGCUGCCCCCAGAGCACGGCAGGGGCUCCCUACAGGAAGCCUACCGGAGACUGGCCAUCCACCGGGCGCUUCUGCUCUGGAGGAUGCGGCUCUCUCAGCGCCAGCGUGCCAAUUCCUUCUUCCAGGGUAUGCGGCGGCGGACACUAUGGCACAGCCUGACACGGUGGCGCUUGAGGACACGAGGUCCAGGCACUCCGUCUGGCUGUGCCAAGACUGCCUCGGCCCUGAAGCCACGGGGCAGUGUCCCAGGAGGGGAGCCCUCGCUGGACAGCAGCACAUCCCUCAACUGGCUGGAGAAGGCUCCCAGGACCCCCAGCCUCCUGGAGACCCUCUGGGCGAGCUUUCAGUGGGCAGCUAGGCGGCGGCAGCAGGGACGGUGCCUUCUGCUCUGGCAGGCGCGGACCCAGCAGUCCCGGGGCGCAGCGAGGUGGUGCAGGCGCACCCUCCAGAGGCGCAUCCUCCUCUGCUGGAGCCACUGGGCGGCAACCCGAGGGUCCCGGAGAGAGCUGGCCGCCCACUGGGCCUGGGACAGGAGCUGCAGGACUGUGCUGGGCCUGUGGCGGCGACGGCUGGCACAAUGGCAGGAGGCGCAGCGGUGGGCCCAGGAGCGGGACCGGCGAAUGGCGCAAGACGCCCUGCGCCACUGGCACUCCUGCUGGCAGAGCAUCGCCAUCACCAUCACCAUCAUCACCUUCAUCUUCAGCCUUGUCAUCCUCGCCUGGGGUCCAGGAGUCAUGGGUCUGAGCUCUGAGUUUGGAGGGAGCAGACAGAGUCAAGGGCAGCAGUGCCUGCGAGAAAGCUACCAGCGGUGGCUGCAGGUCCGCAUCUGGGGCCUGCGGAGGGCCGUGUUCUGGGGCUGGCGGCAGGCGGCCGCUCGUUGGAGACACACAGCUCAGCCGGGGCAACAGCUACAGCAGAGUGACUUCCAGGCCUGCUGUGGGGUUGUGAGAGUCAUGGGGGCGAUCCAGCCCCAGUGCCAAGCCUUCCAGGAUGGCCCGAGGAGAAGGGUCCUGGGGGCAGCCGUGGCACAGGAGCAGUGUGUGGCCCAGGCCUCCCUGGCCUGCUGGAGAAGCCGCGUGCAGCGGGGCCGGGCAGACGAGCAGCUGAGGAGGGCCCAGGCCCAGCAGGCCUUCACAGCCUGGUGAGUGGCCCUGGGUGGGUGCCGUGAAGCCCAGCAGCUGGCAGGAGGGAGAGCUCAGGCCCAGACAGCUCUGGUCCUCCCGGCCCAGGCCCAGCCAGUGGCCCACCGUGGCGUCCAGCAAGCUAUCAUCACCCAGCACCAGCAGGCUAGGCUCAGGCACUUCCGGCCAACCCACUGGGCCCAGCAGCAGACAGCGCUGCUCAGAGUGCAGCUGGGACUGCAGGCCGAGUCCCAGGAGGUUGAGCUCAUGUGCUGGCUCGGGAUGGCCAGCAGGGGAUGUCCUCUGCUGCUGGACACCCCAGCCCCUUGGAAGCAGGGGCCCAACAGCCUUGCAGACGCCAGCCCCGCCAGGUUCCUAGCCAGCCGCUGGCUCUGGACAACAGGCACCUGGGUCCAUGAGCACACACCUACUGGCUGCCAGCCCAGCGACGGUCUGGCUGCAAAGACAAACGAGGAGGGUCAGUGUAUUAGGGAGAUGACGUUCACGGCCCGCAGCUGCUGGACACAGGCCACAGGGCCAGGGCCACCCAGGCCGACACUGCGGAACGCCUUGCAGAGGAUGCGGAGGGCAACAUCCUGGGCUCAGACCAUGGCCAUAGCUGGGCCCAGGCCCGGGGCCGUGUCCUUCCUCCCGGCCACGGAGGCUAAGGAUGCUCUCGGCCCUCAGGAGGAAGUACUCGCAGCGCAGGCAUCUGGAGGCUCUGCUUUGCCACCUGCAGGGUUUCCAGCAGGCCAGGCACCUAGCAGUGACAUGGCAGCGCUGGGUAGAUGCUCACGGGGCAGAGCAGCUGGCGCGGACUCUGGUGAGUGGAUGGGCCCGGAAACCUGCACUGUGAACACCCCUCACAUGACACCCCCCAUCACAACCCUCUCACCCCGGUGCCACAGAGCUCAGACAGCGGCACCUGACAUGGGCCUGGCGGACGUGGCGGCGGCGGGUCUUGCAACUGCAGGUGGCUCAGAGGCUCCAGCAGCAAGAAGACAGCUGGGUCCUCUCCCAGCACCUGGCAGCCAAGAGCCCAAAGAGAGGAGCCGCCGGCACCCAGGACCACUGAGCAAGCAAGCCAGGCUCCAGGGCCUUGGGGGCAGGCAGGAAGCUGCCCAAGCCCCUGGGGUUGGCAGGCUUGGGGCAGAGCAGGCAGCCCAGCUGCAGCUUGUUCUCACAGAAGAGGAAGAGGUGGACCGGCCCUCCCUGGGAAGGAACUGUGCCCUAUGCACCCAGGGAGUGUGUCAACAGGCAGAAGCAUGCCUCCACGCCAGGGAAGAAGGGCAGGCCAAGGGAGCUCCACCAGGCACCAGGCUUCAGACGGCCUUCCGCCCACAGGCGCUUUUCCCCUGGAGCCAUGAGAAUGGGGGCAAUGGUUCCAAAAGCAUCAGCGACAGAGACGCCCUCUACCAAAAGAGCGCAGACCCGGCUAGGGCAGGAGCACCAGGCCCUCAUGUGGGGCUCAUUCGGGGCCAGUCAGAGCCUGAAAGCCUCAUGCUGGUCUAG